AUGUCGGUAACUUCGACGCGGCCCAUGCCCCCGGCUCCGAACCGGGAUGAUAUCGGCCAGACGUGGGAAUACGUCCAGGCUGGUAUCUCUAAGAUCAUGAUCAACCUGCAAGAGGGCAUGGAUAUGUCCACCUAUAUGGGCAUCUACACUGCCGUCCAUAACUUUUGUACAUCACAGAAGGCUGUCGGCUUAGGGAACUCCAACGCUGUUGGCCAAGCUCACCGAGGAGCACACCUAUUGGGUGAGGAUCUCUAUCGAAAACUGAAGGAUUACUUGAACGACCACCUCAACGGCCUCUACGAACAAUCGAAGGCGCAUACCGACGAAGCAUUAUUGGCAUUCUACAUCAGAGAAUGGAAUCGAUACACAGUUGCCGCAAAGUACAUCCACCACCUAUUCCGGUAUCUGAAUAGGCAUUGGGUAAAGCGAGAGAUGGACGAAGGGAAGAAGAAUACAUACGAUGUUUACACUCUCCACCUGUACCAAUGGCGAACCGAGUUUUUCGCUCUGGUCUGCAAGAAAGUCAUGGAUGCCGUGCUUAUGCUGGUAGAGAAACAGAGAAAUGGGGAGACCAUCGAACACAGCCAGAUCAAGCAGGUUGUCGAUUCCUUCGUGUCCCUGGGUCUCGACGAUCACGAUGCCACAAAGUCGACUCUCGACACUUAUCGCUUCCACUUUGAGAAGCCGUUCCUUGCCGCGACCGAGGAAUUUUACAAGGCAGAAUCAAAGCAAUUUGUCGCCGAGAAUAGCGUCGUCGAAUACAUGAAGAAGGCAGAGACUCGACUAGCCGAAGAGGAGGAGCGGGUGCGUAUGUACCUUCACAACGACAUAGCGCUGCCGUUGAAGAAGACGUGCAACAAGGCCCUGAUCGCCGAUCACUCCUCCAUGUUGAGAGACGAGUUCCAGGUGUUGCUCGACAAUGACCGGGAAGAUGAUAUGGCUCGCAUGUAUAAUCUCCUGUCUAGGAUUCCGGAUGGUUUGGACCCUCUAAGACAGAAGUUCGAGGCCCACGUCAGGAACGCAGGACUUAACGCGGUGGCCAAAGUCGCUUCUUCUGACGCUGAGAAGCUUGAGCCAAAGGUUUAUGUCGAGGCUCUACUCGAGACUCAUACGCGAUACCAGGGUUUAGUGAAGCGAGCCUUUACUGACGAACCCGAGUUCACUCGGUCCUUGGACAAUGCCUGCAGAGAGUUCGUGAACCGCAACGACAUUUGCAAGGCAGGCUCGAGUAAAUCACCCGAGCUUUUGGCCAAAUAUACCGACGUGCUGCUGCGAAAAAGCGGAACCGGCGUCGAAGAGGCCGAACUGGACGCGACCUUAACCCAGAUCAUGACCGUCUUCAAGUAUAUUGAGGACAAGGAUGUAUUUCAGAAGUUCUACUCGAGGAUGUUGGCAAGACGUCUAGUUCAUAGCAACUCUUCAUCGGAUGAUGCUGAGACUAGUAUGAUAAGCAAGCUGAAAGAAGCAUGCGGCUUCGAGUACACGAACAAACUUCAACGCAUGUUCCAGGAUAUGCAAAUCUCCAAGGAUCUCAACACCGGUUUCCGAGAGCACACCAGAGGCUUGCAAUUAGAAAAGCAGCCACUGGACUCCUCGUACUCGAUCUUGGGCACGAGCUUCUGGCCACUGACUCCCCCCAACACCACAUUCAACCCGCCGCCAGAAGUUCAAACCGAUAUUGAUCGAUUCACCCUCUUUUACAAGAACAAGCACGAGGGCCGCAAGCUGAGCUGGCUUUGGCAACUCUGCAAGGGCGAGGUUAAGACGGGAUAUUGUAAAUCGUCAAAGACACCCUACACAUUCCAAGUUAGUGUCUAUCAGAUGGCCGUUCUUCUGCUAUUCAAUUCUAAGGAUGCCCACUCGUACGAGGACAUCGCGUCAGUUACCCAGCUAAGCAACGACGUCCUGGACUCAGCCAUCGGGAUUCUUUGUAAGGCCAAAGUUCUGCUUAUGAGGCCAGACGGCGACAAGCCAGGCCCCGAGAAGACGUUCCAUCUUAACUACGAGUUCAAGAGCAAGAAGAUCCGCGUCAAUCUUAACGUCGGCACAAAGUCAGAGCAGAAACAGGAGGAGGUUGAUACCAACAAGACCAUCGAGGAGGAUCGCCAACUCGUCUUACAAUCUGCCAUCGUGAGAAUUAUGAAGGCACGGAAGAAGAUGAAGCACUCCCAAUUGGUCAGCGAAUGCAUCAACCAGAUCAAAUCACGCUUCCUCCCCAAAAUUGGAGACAUCAAGAAGUGCAUCGAGAUCCUUCUCGACAAGGAAUACCUAGAGCGGUUGGAAGACGACGAACUCGGCUAUCUCGCAUGA